AUCAGGUCGAAGGUGGCCCGUGGGGCUGGGCUGGCUCAGCGAGGCCGGAGCCGUCUUAGCCGGGCUCGCCUGCAGGCCGCCGAAGCUGUCUUUCUGAAGGUCCUACGGGAGACCUGCGGCCCCGAGGCGGCUGCCCUGAAGUCCCAGGAUUCCCCCUGAGCGCAGGCGGCUGUCCUGAUGUCCCAGCAUUCCCUCUGAGUGAGAGGUGGCUGCCCUGAUGUCCCAGCAUUCCCCCUGAGCGCAGGUGGCUGCCCUGAUGUCCCAGCAUUCCCUCUGAGUGAGAGGUGGCUGCCCUGAUGUCCCAGCAUUCCCCCUGAGCGCAGGCGGCUGCCCUGAUGUCCCAGCAUUCCCCCUGAGUGAGAGGCGGCUGCCCUGAUGUCCCAGCAUUCCCCCUGAGCGCAGGCGGCUGCCCUGAUGUCCCAGCAUUCCCCCUGAGUGAGAGGCGGCUGCCCUGAUGUCCCAGCAUUCCCCCUGAGCGCAGGCGGCUGCCCUGAUGUCCCAGCAUUCCCGCUGAGCACAGGUGGGACUGCUACACGAGGGAUGUGGACUUCCAUUGGCCAGCAUGGGCCAGUCUCGGGCCCUCCAGUGCCUCGGCUUUCUUCUCGGCCAGGGAGUGUCUCAGACUGGCUCCCUGAGCCCGCCCAGGGCCUGGGAGGGCCCUCAGCCCGGGAAUCAGCUCUCAGCCAGGAAUCGACUCUCAGCCCGGAAUCGGCCCUCAGCCCGGGAAUCGGCCCUCAGUCUGGGAAUCGGCUCUCAGCCCGGAAUCGGCCCUCAGCCCGGAAUCGGCUCUCGGCCCAGGAAUCAGGCCCAGAAUCGACUCUCAGCCCGGAAUUGGCCCUCAGCCCGGGAAUCGGCCCUCAGUCUGGGAAUCGGCUCUCAGCCCGGAAUCGGCCCUCAGCCCGGAAUCGGCUCUCAGCCCGGAAUCGGCCCUCAGCCUGGAAUCGGCCCUCAGCCCGGAAUCGGCUCUCAGCCCGGAAUCGGCCCUCAGCCCGGAAUCGGCUCUCAGCCCGGAAUCGGCCCUCAGCCCGGAAUCGGCUCUCAGCCCGGAAUCGGCUCUCAGUCCGGGAAUCGGCCCUCAGCCUGGAAUCGGCUCUCGGCCCAGGAAUCAGGCCCGGAAUCGGGCCUCAGCCCGGGAAUCGGCCCUCAGCCCGGGAAUCGGCCCUCGGCCCGGGAAUUGGCCCUCGGGGUCCGGGAAUCAGGCCUGGAAUUGGCCCUCAGCCCGGAAUCGGCCCUCAGCCUGGAAUCGGCCCUCAGCCCGGAAUCGGCCCUCAGCCCGGAAUCGGCCCUCAGCCCGGAAUUGGCUCUCAGCCCGGGAAUUGGCUCUGAGACUGGAAUCGGCCCUCGGCCCGGGAAUCGGCUCUUAGCCCGGGAAUUGGCUCUCAGACUGGAAUCGGCCCUCAGCCCGGAAUUGGCUCUCAGCCUAGAAUCGGCCAUCUCACCUGGUUUCCAGCUCCUUCCGGCUCCUCCCCUCCUUCCUGGACAUCUCCUCCUGCUGCUGCUCCAGGAGGCUCUGCUGCCUCUGAAGGUCCGUGUUGGCGGCUCGCAGCCUUUCUAGCUCCAGGGAGGAAAGCUCGGCCAUCCGGGCCAGGUCCUGCACCUCGGCCUCCAGAGUCUCCUUCUCCCUGCGGGGCAGAGAGGGAGGCAGGGCAGGGGUUUGGGGGGAGGCCAGACCAUCCCGUCGGGAGCUUGUUUGGCUAGCGUCGUCUGGAGGACGUCUCCCCCUCCGUCAUGGGGCCCCUGGGGAGCAGCGACUGCCUUCUGCCCUCCUUCCCAGCCCAAGGCCUUAGUUUGGCACCAUGACCGGCACCGAGUAGGUGCUUCACGACGACCUUUGCUCCAGUGCCCAUGAGCAAGUCGAUACGGGGGAAGGGAAGACAAAACGGACCAGUGCCCCCUCCCCGCCCCACCCCACUCUGUGCUUUGCGGCCACUCAUCCCAAUUCACUGUGAAAUGGAGUAAUCCUUAUUUAAUGCUUGGCUUCCCCAAACCCAGAGCUUCUGUAAGAAUCCCUAACAGGUCCUGACGUGCGCUCUUUAGGGGCUAGCUUAAAGAAGUUGUUGUUGUUCAGUGGUUUCAGUUCCGUUUGGGGAGCCUAUGUGGGGUUUUCUUGGCAAAGAUACUGGAGUGGUCGCCAUUUUAUAACUGAGGAAACUGAGGCAAAAAGGGACUUCCCCAGGGUCACCCAGCUAACCAGUAACUAUCAGAAACGACUAAACACAACUACAAAGCAAACUUUGUGCAAAUAAAGUCAGAUUUAAAUAAUGAGAGACAUAUUCAUGGUUGGGGGGGGCAGAGCCAAUAUAAUUGAAACGAUCACCCUACGUAAACUAAUGGGAGACCAGACGAGCCUUCCUGACCUUGGGUCCGGCUCCGCCUAGAGGCCCCCUCGGAGAAGUGCCCACUCUUAAAAACCUCCUCAUGGAAAUCCUGCAAAGGCUAUAAGGGCCCUCUGCAUUUGUCACCCUAGAACAAAGCCCGCUUGGCCUGGCCUUAGUUAACAAUUUGAGGCCUUAUUAUUAUUAUUAUUUUUUACUAAUGUCCUUUUGGUUGAGUUUCAAUGGAAGAACUCGUUGGCAUCUCUUGGCUUGAGACUGUGCAUCCUGUGGUCUAGCCUUCCUCACAGGUAGAGAAGACCGCAGGCCUCUGGUACACAGCAGUCACUUAAUAAAUGCUUGUUGACUGAGUGGUAUGCAUCGAGGGUGACUCGGGCCAUUCUUUUGGUCUCAGGUUCUGUAGAUCCUAAAACUACAUCAUUAGAGGGUGAAUGUCUGGGGUUGACCCUUGAGAGAGAUCUCAGACCUUGGAACACAUUGGCUCUGAUGAGAAGAGGCUUUAAGAUGCCACAAGGCUGCUCCUGGGGAGGGAAUAGGCUGGGGGAUAAGUUGGAGCCAGACUCUUACCUGGGUAUAGAAGAGAGGGGGGGGACCCUAUCUAUUUCCAUUAAAUACGGUGCUGAUUCGGUGAUAGAUCAAUUGUUUCUGUCUCAUGAAAGAGUGAAAUUGCUGGUAGUCCCCCCUACGUCCCGGCUGUUCUAUGCUAGUUAUGACGAGUCCAAGUUUGGAGCUCUCCUGAAGGCAGUUCCUGGAUAAACAUGCAUGGUUUUAUAGAACCUUGGCUCAGUCACAAGAGCUUUGGGUUUGGAAGGCCUCCAGGCUCCCUCAAUUCUCCCAUUCUUUAUUUUCAUCUGCCCCAGCCCGGACCAGGUCACCCCGCUUUACCUUCUUAACAUCUCUUUGGAGGAUUUGCAGCCUUCCAGGUCUUGCCUCUGGUCUUCCAGCUUUCCCAACAGCUCCUCUCGCUCUUGUCUCUGCUCCUGUAGUUGCCGUUCUAUGGCCUGGACCUCUCUCUGACGGUCUGCCAGCUGUUUCCGGAGCAUCGUCGUGGCGGCCUGAGAGGACUCUAGCUGCAGACUCAGCUCCUGCCCAGCCACAGAAAGAAUGGGACAGUGAGCCGAGGACCCGCAGGAAUGUCGCCUGGGCAUCCCUUGUGUCCUCAAAGGGCAUUAUAACUGGGGAUUCUUAUUGUCGUGGCUGUUGUCAUCACGGUUCUCUCUUAGGAGUUACCACAAAUUCACUUGAGUGUUGUUUUUGUUUUGUUUUGGUCACAGCAGCCCCCUGGGCAAUGCCCUAAAGCUUUCAGCCCUCCACGGAACUGGAGAACUCCUGGAUUUCAGAAAGGGACGUUCUACAAGGGACUGAUCUGAACUACAACGUUAAGAUCGACAACACUUUUCUUUAUCGUGCUUAUCCCCUGCCUUCUGCAUCCUGCUUCUCCUACCCGGGUCUCUUUCCCCAUCUUUCUUGACAAGACCCGUCAUCCCUCUGUCCCAUUCAUGUUUGCAAAGUGCCUCUUCACAUGCAUUUAUCUUACUGAAGCUUCACAGCUCUUUGAGAGGGAGGGAUUGCCCCCCCUUUUACAGCGGAGAAAUGGAGACAAUAAAUGUGUGUGUGUGUGCACGCACGCGCAUGUGGGCAAAGUCAGUUCUUGACUUCAGGAUUACUAAGAAGAUAGAGGAGGGAACAUGCUGGUGAUUUGGUACCACCGGGUUCUGGUAAGGCCUUAGAUCUCAUAUCCUCCUUGUGGCGGAGGCCAAGAUAUGUGGAUGGGAUAAGACGAUUGAUGAGAUGGCUAGAUUCAAAGAGUGGUCGCCAUUGGCUCGUCAUUCUUAUAAAAGGAAGGCUCCAGUGGGGAGGCCGCUCUGUGCUUGGCUCUGUUUAAUGACAGCAGCAAGAUGGCGCCACACUGGAGAGAGAGUGAACACCAGAGGACAAUCAGGACCUGAAAAAGAUCUUGAUGGCCUACAGCCCUGGAAUGAGUCUAAUAAAUGGAAUUAGUCAGAAUCAAGGUCCGGCCUUGCCCUCGGGUCCAGAAAAAUCAAGGCCACACAAGUUCCAUGUUAGAGACGGUCCCGGGAGACAGGCGCCCCUUCAGGAGAGACUUCCAAGCCACCAGAGCUGCCCAAGAGUGGAAAGGACUGCCUGGUGGGGUCGGGAGUUCCCUUUCCUUGGAGGCAGGCAUGUAAGCAGAGGCUCAGUAAAUCCCUGGUUGGGUAGACGACGUCAGGGGAUUCUGUGAUUCUGUGAACAGUGACACGAGGAUACUACGGGGCAGAACGAAGGCUCCCAUGUGGAAAGGGGCCUCUCCACUCCAGGAUGAUCCUCAUGACAUCCCCACCCCCACCUCUGAGGGGCCCAGGCUCUGCCCUCUCUGGGAGGCUCAUCAUCUCUAGGCAAUGAACCACGCUGAGCCUUGCUGGGGCCUUCCCACACACCUCUGAGGACCCACUUUGUGGAAUCUGCCCCUGUGAUUCUCGGGGAAAAGGGAGUCACAAAGGAGGGACAGAGAGCAAGGACUUCCUAAGCCUUUUCCCCUGGAAAAACACACUGAGCAUUAUGCAAGAGAUUCAGCUGGAGCCAGGGGUGCCCUCCUCACUCCUGGUGAUGCAACAAUCUUGAGAACAAUGAGUGUGUGUGAGAGCUUGGGAGGGCCUGGCCUGCAACGCCCUGGGCCAGCCCCCUACUGAGCCAGGCAUCCCAGGGGCUCCAGGGAUGUGGGCUGGGAAAGGGCCCGGGCCAUUUAUUAGCAGCAGGGGCCUGGCAGAGCUUCCUUUCCCCCCUCAGCCUCUCACCCUUCCUCCCUGCUCUUGACAUCCUUCCAUUCACGAAGCAGCUCAAGUGACAUCCCUUCCUGCAGUCUUUUCUGAAUUUCCCCCUCAGCGAUAGCCGGUGGUGGGGCUCCCCCUCCACAUCUCCCCAAAGCUUGGCCCUAACUGGGGAGUCCCCAUGUUCCAGCUGAAGACUGCUCACUGAUGAACAUCUCCCCAGAAUGAUUGUAAGGCCUUCGAGGGUUGGGGGCGCCUUUGUCCCAGCCAGACGCUGGGCUUCCCGUGGCAAUUCUUCAUGGAGCUGCGAUUCAGACCGGUGCAAGCGGCCGUGUAGCUCAGGGGAGAGUACUGAGUCUGGGGGGCUUGGGAUUCUGGCAAUUCUGACAGCCUUGGCUCUGGGGCUACCCCAUAAACAGUCUGCCUUUGGGGAGCUGCUAUUCGACUGGGAGAUAAAGGGGGCACCUCACAUAA